CCGGUGCCGCAGUAUACGAAGAGCAAUCGGCAAAGCAACUCUUACGCGUUCGUUUCCUGUCCAAUCGAAAUGUUGAGUGACAUCUUGAAAUGUUUUCUGCAGAUUUCUGUCAUGUGCUCUUUCUUCAUCAGCUCAGAUGCACGUGCAACCAACAAUGCAGGCAGCAGUGACGCUUUUAGCAGUGCAUCAUCCAAUGCGUAUGCUGGAGCCGUGGCAUCAGCCGGUACUGCCGGCGCAUCUGCAUUAAAUGGCGCCAAUGCGUUUACAGGUGCAUUUGCAGGAACAGGAAGUUCUCCUGGAGUCAACGAAAGACAUAGAGAAAUUCGUAACUAUGACAAUAUUAAUUUCCCUCACGACAGCGACGCUAAUCGUGGAGUAAAAUCUCUCAGUCAUCAUCGUGGAACGAAAAGCGAAGGUCAUGACCAUAAUAAGGAUGGUGAUGACUGCUCUAAAUGCAAAUGGGAAAAUGACGACUACUGGGAGCGAGAUGAGACAGAAGAGGGAAGGGAUGAGAACAAUGAAGACGAAUGCGACGACGGUGAUGAUGGCCAAUAUAAACCCGAUAAAACACAUCAUCAUGGUGGAAAUGGACCUAGAGGACACACAUUUGGACCGAAUCCACCUGGAGUACAUAAAACAGGACCUAUAUAUGGCGACGAUGUUAAAGGAGGAAUUAAAGGAAGUAAACCCGAUGGUCCUUUUAAGGUUACCAAUUUCCCGGUGAGUACCGGACACGCAGGAUCAACCGGUAAUUAUGGAUCGACACCGAAUCUUGGAUCUAGCUGGAACACUCCGUUUACCAGUACGUCAAAGCCAGGAUACGGCGGCGUAACCGCACAUAAUUUUGUGACAAUACCGAGUUAUGGGCCAGGAACAGGCUGGAACAGAGAAACAACAUCGGUUAGUUCUGGCUCCACGCCAAAACCUGCUUGGGGCGGCGGACAUGGCGACACGUUCGGAACGACACCAAGCCCAAUAUGGAGUACUGGACUCGGAAGUACUCCACCGGCGACAGGAUUUUUUUCCCCGCAGAAGCCUGUUGGAAGUUAUGGAACCACGCCGAAAUCUGGAACAAACUGGAACACCGUUACUCCAGGUAGUGGAUUUCUUGCUUCCCAGAAACCUGAAACACCUUGGAAUAGUGCACACGAUGGUACGCCUGUUGGUAGCUAUGGCACGACACUGCAACCUGAACAAGGAUGGAACACUGGAUUUGGUAGUAUUCCAACAACGGGAUAUUCUUUCUCGCAUAAACCUGCGUCAAAUUGGAACGGAGACCAUGGUAACACACCUGUCGGGAGUUUCGGGACCACGUCGAAACCUGGAUCAAGUUGGAAUACAGGAUUUGGAACUUCAAGAGUCCCUUCCUCACAGAAUCCUGUACCAAGUUGGAAUGCUGAUCAUGGUGAUAAACCUAUUGGAAGUUUCGGGACCACACCGAAACCAGGAUCAAACUGGAAACCUGGAUAUGAUACUUCGGCAGGAACUCCUUCUACGCAAAAACCUUGGAGUACUAGACAUGAUAACGUAUUUGUUGAAAUCUCCGGAACAACACCGAAACCUGGGCAAAAUCGGAAUAUUGGAUCCGACGACAAACCUGGGUCAAGUUGGAAUCCGAGUCAAGGAACUACGUCUUUUGGUUCACUUAAUUGUACUCGACCUGAAACAACUUGUAGUCUAGGAAAACAAGGUCCUGUAAAAGUAAGUCCGAUACCACUCGACACUGCUUUUGGAAAAAGUAAUGAAUUUCCGGGCAAUAUUUCUCCCGGGGCGCCAUACGGAGGAGGUAAUACAUUUCCUUUAAAUAAUCCUGGAGGUCCAGGUGGAAAUCAAAACAGACCUUACGGGCAAUUUGAAACAGCAGGUACUAGCAGCGUUCAUGCUGGAGCGAGCGUAAAACCUAAUUUUGGAAGCACGUCUUAUAGCGGAGUACCUGACAAUUUUAAGCAGAAAGAAUAUCCAUCUACUAGUGGAACUAUUACUGCUAGUUCUUGGCCAAGUUCUGGUCAUAUUGGAAGCGGAAGUAGUACUUGGCCCGGUUCGAGAACAGCACAACCUCACGCUGGAUUUCCAGUGUCAAAUAUUGCGUUCGGGACAACUAAAACUCCAUUUGGCCACGUGAGCACGCCAGAUUCGUCCGGUAGUCCUUACGGAGGAGCGAAACCAAACAAUUUCAACGCUGCAAGUAGUAGUGCAAUUGCAAGCGCUAAUGCAAAUGCGUUUGGCACAUCUUUUGGAACAUACAAUACGCCUGGAGCAUAUAAUAUUCCUGGAACAUAUAAUACUCCUGAUAUAACAAGGACCACAUCUAAUCAUAGAACACCAUCGGUAUCCCAUACGGGAAUUUUAAGUUAUCCUGGUAUUAAGGGUCCUUCUGAAAAUAUCAAACCUACUUAUGGAAUCGGUCCUUAUGGUGCGCAGCCUGAUGUCGGAACUGGCGUUUGGCCUAGCAAGCUACCUACCGCAGGUGAAAGAGAAACUUGGCCUGAAAAACAACCCGGAAGCGGAAGUGAAGCCAGGCCUAACACACAAUCUAGCAGCGGAAAUGCACCUUGGUCUGAAAAACAACCAGAAAAUAAUAUUACGCCUAGUCAUCUUGGAAGCGGAAUUUGGCCUAGCAGACAAUCUGGGCGCGGAAGUACAACUACGCCGGGCAGUCAUCCCGAAAUUGGAACCUCACCUGGAAGACUUCCCAUAGGUGGAAGUAAUACUUGGCCUACUCAACAAAAAGGAAGUGGAUUUUGGCCAGGUACACAAGUUGAACACGGAAGCGGGUCUGGAUGCAAAAGUGGAAGCUGCGAAGGUCCUACUAUUCCAUCCAGCGGAAGUAAAAAUUGUAGAGAGAACUGUAAUUACGGCAGCGAUUGCAGUGAAGGAGAUGACAAUGUAUCGGCGAUACAUGGACCAUGUGGAGAAAAAAGCGGGCCCAGCGGUGUUAAUAAAACCUACUAUCCCGUUGGAUUUGGCGAUAGCAAUAUUCCAAAUAUCUCAAAUACAUACAAACCAAAUUCACUUCCUAGUAUUGGUAGUCAAGUUUACCCUGAAAUUUAUAACCCUGCAUGUGAAACUGGAGACAAUUCACGUAAUCAAGGUGACCGAGAUGUAACACCAGGAGGUCCUGAUCGCUGGAAUUCCGCAAAUCCAUUUUUGCAUAGAUCUGUAGGCGGUAUUCCAAGUGAUGUUUCACGUCCCUGGAGUGGAACUACACCUAAAUCAAUUGGCAAGGGAAAUCUGUUCUUGGAUUCCAGUCAGAGUAUUCCUAAGCCUGGCGGCAUUAACGCAAACAAUGACAGAAAUGUAAUUCCCCUUAAUCAAGAAAAUACUAAGUCAUUUGAAGGAAAUCCUUUUCUGAAUGAUAACAAGAGAAGAGGAGAUAUUCAAGUCAAUAAUGAUGAAGAAGCGAUUUCGCUCGGAGGAAGGAAAACCGAGGGAAAUAAUCCUUUUAAUGCAGUCCCUGGGAGUAAAAGCAAUGGCUCAAAUGGUCCAUCAUAUGGUGGACAACCUGCCGGAUUUCCUGGAUCAGGAACUGCUGGUAAUGGAGAUGUAAAAAGUGAUUUUUAUUCUGGAGAAGUUUCUUCCCCGCAAAGCGGGAAUAUACCUUAUCCUGCAGGAAGUAAUCGCCAGAGUACUAGCCCAUUACAGUGUAAACUUGGUCUUUUUGGUUGUGGAACACCCGGUAGCGGAAGCUAUACAGCUACGAAAGGUGGUAAACAUCCGGGAGGAAUACAUAGAGGAAUCAGUGGAAAUAUUGGAGCCGGUAUAGGAAGUGUUAACAGUGGCCCCGGUGAACCCGGAAAUUCUGGAACCGGUCCGGUAUCCAACAAUUAUGGAGACGGAUUUAAUAUUGGUGCAAGUCAUCCCGGAUCAGCAGGAAAUCAUUUGGCAGGAUCCGGUGCUCAUGUUGGAACUUACGCUGGAUCUUUUAGCAGCGCUCAAGCCUCCAGUUCCAGUUUUGCCAACGCUAAAUCCUUUUCUUCGUCCGGUACAGGAGGACAUGGCGGUAAUUUUGAUCAAACUAACAGCGGAAGUUGGUCUUCCAGUGGUGCACAAAAUCAAGGUAGACCCAAUUCCUGGGCUUCCAGUGGUGCUUCUGCCUUUGCCGGAAGCAGUGCCGGAAGCGGAUCAGGAAAUCAUCCUGUCGACGUAAAGGGUUAAUUCAAAUUUCGACGAACAUUUCACUAAGAUGAAUAUUAAGCGGAACUGAAUACAUGCAGAUGAUGACAUAAUUGCAAAAUAUAAUAUACAUUUAGUUGACGCUA